AUGCUCAAGACUCCAACAAUGAUAACUGCCUGGAAUGUGGCCAGCGAGGAGAAAAUUUUGAACCCAAUUGUAGUACUUGGUGAGAAGAUUGGUUUCACACGAACGCCAAAUUCUUCGGAAACUAUGAUCGUGUACUACAACAAGUAUUUUGGAAUCGAUCUCCGACAUGCAUCCUCUCCUGUGGUACGUGGUAUGGAUGAGGAUGAUGAAGACCAGGAUUCUCAAGAAGAAGAAGAAGAGUUGGAUUUGGAUUUUGCCUGA